GUGUAUGGCCGAUAUUAGUCGUCUCCUUUAAUUUUUUUUUUCCUUCUCCUUCGCCGUAAAGUUUAUAAUAUUUCUCUUAGUUUACUCUCUCUCUCAACUAGGUUUCUUCAAAUUCCUAAUUUUGGGAUUGGUGCUACUCCAACUCUACUCUGAUUAGAAGUUUCUGGGUUUCUGAUUCGAUUCCAAAGUUCCUUCCUUUUUCGAUUUUGCUCAGACUUUGAGAUUCAGCUUAGUUUCUUGGAUCCUAGACAGCUCUAAGCAGAAGUGUUUGGCUUAGGAUCAGUUUGGGUUUCUUGUUUGGUUCUGAGAGGACUGUUUCAAAGUCUUGUCUGUGUCUUAGAACAAAGUAAAAGUCAUUGACUGAUGCUACUAUUGGUUUAGAACCUCUAACUAUGCAGAGGAAUAAUCUGCGUACCCCAACAUCACCAAUGUCCUUCUCCUCCUCCAAUAACAUUACAAGCCCAUUGGUUCUAGAUGGGUCUGCUUCAAUGCACCACUUGUCUCACCAGCAGCAGCAGCAAACAGGACAAAGUUCAGUUCCUGUAAUGCAGCACGUGUCUCACCAGCAUCAGCAGCAAGCAGGACAAAGUUCAGUUCCAAUGAGGGAAAACAACUAUUCACAUGUGGAUAAGAAGCCAAAGUUAGAGGUUAAGCAAGAGGAUAUGAUGCAGCAGCAACAGAUAUUACAGCAAUAUAUUCAGCGUCAGGAUCCAACGGGAAGGAAUCCACAGUUGCAAGCUUUGCUUCACCAGCAGAGACUGAGGCAACAACAACAGCAGCAGCAGAUUCUUCAAUCCAUGUCGCCGUCUCAGAGACUCCAACUUCAGCAACAGCAGCAGCAGUUGAGACAGCAACAAGGCGGGGGUCAACAGAUUCCUCCUAGUGUGCGUCCUUUUGAAGCUGGCGUGUGUGCAAGGAAACUGAUGAUGUACUUGUAUCAUUUACAGCAACGACCUGCGGAAAAUUGCAUUACUUAUUGGAGAAAGUUUGUGGCUGAGUACUUCUCACCUCGUGCAAAGCAAAGGUUGUGCUUGUCACAGUACGAAAGUGCUGGCCACCAUGCGCUUGGCAUGUUUCCACAAGCAGCUCCGGACAUGUGGCAGUGUGAUCUUUGUGGCACCAAGUCUGGAAAAGGAUUUGAGGCAACUUUCGAUAUGCUUGCAAGACUAAAUGAAAUCAAAUUUGCUAGUGGCAUCAUUGAUGAAGUCAUGUAUCUGGACCUCCCACGAGAAAACAGAUUUUCCAAUGGACUGAUGAUGUUAGAAUAUAGAAAAGCAGUUCAGGAAACAGUACAUGAGCAGUUUCGUGUUGUACGUGAGGGCCAUCUUCGCAUCAUAUUCUCUCAAGAUUUAAAGAUACUUUCUUGGGAGUUUUGUGCUCGGCGUCAUGAAGAGCUUCUUCUCCGCAGACUAAUUGCUCCACAGGUGAACCAGUUGCUUCAGGUUGCACUGAAAUGUCAGAGCACAAUCUCGGAGAGUGGGUCAGAGGGAGUUUCUAAGCAGGAUUUACAGUCAAACAGUAACUUGGUCUUGGGAGCAGGACGGCAGCUGGCAAAGUUCAUGGAAUUACAGUCUCUGAAUGAUCUUGGCUAUCCAAAAAGAUAUAUCAGAACUCUACAGAUAUCUGAAGUUGUAAAGAGCAUGAAGGAUCUGAUGAACUUCACCGGCGAGCACAAAAUUGGCCCUAUUGAGGGGUUGAAACGGCUUUUUGAACAGACAACGACAAUGAGGCGACAGAAAAUGCAAGAGAUGGAGCAGUUAGGUAAUAGUGGAGCUAUUAUGAAUGGGUCAUCAUCUCAAGCUCAGAUGGCGUUGACUCCAGGAACGAUGAACGGCCUAACUGGGAACAACAACAACAACAACAACAACAAUCACCAUCAAGUUGUUGGUCGUGGAGCUAUGAAUGGCUCAGCUCAAGCCGCAGCAGCUUUGACCAACUACCAAAGCAUGCUUAUGAGGCAAAAUGCUAUGAAUAACCCAAACUCAAGUCAGAGCCAGAGUCCAUCUUCUUCGUCUCAUCAGAUGCAGAACUUAGCCACAGGUGGAUUCCCCAGCUCUCCCCAGAUGCAAAACCAGCAGCGCACCAUGAACGGUGCUCCCAACACGCUUCAACGGAAUCCUCCUCCUCAUCAUUUGGAACCUCCACAUGCACAUGGUAACAGUCAGGAGCAGCAGAUGCUUCACCAGAUGUUGCAGGGGAUGUCUCAAAACGGAGCAAAUAUGCAACAACAACAACAACCAUUUUCAGGUCAAAAUGGUGGCAACAGUAAUGCAGAGAGAAACCCAACUGCCUCUACUUCAAACAUCUCUGGAGGAGGCCGAGUUCCAAGCCGCAACAACAGUUUCAAAUCAGCUUCAAACAGCAACCUUCAUUUAUCAGAUGAUAAUAUACCUAUUACAGAACUACCUCAUGAUUUCUCAGCAGACGACUUCUUCAACAACAACGAUAUUUAUGGCAGCUUGUAAGAUCUCAACGCAACAAAAGCAUUGUUACUUUGACAUAACACAAUGAAGAAGGCUUUAGGCUUUAAUUUGCCGCAUUUAAGGUUGGUUGGGUCUUUGUACAGAGAGAUAUGAGUGCAGUGAAGGGAACUGGUAUCUGUUGUAACCUAUAUAGGCACUUUAGCAUCUUUUUUCCCAUCCUUUUUAGUGAUAGUAUAAUGAGAUCUUAGGUUAUAAUCUCUGCAAACAUUUUAAUGAUAUGUUACUCUUUUCUAUGAUUUUUUUUUUUGGCUUU